AUGAGUAAACGCUAUGAAACAAUAAAACAUCUUGGAGAAGGUCAGUUUGCAAACGUUUAUCUCGCCAAAGAUUUCGAAACCGGCGAGGUUGUCGCGAUCAAAAAGAUUAAACUCGGAUCCCGCGAAGAAGCUAAAGACGGAAUUAAUCGAACCGCGCUUCGGGAAAUCAAAUUGCUCAAAGAAAUUCAGCACGACAAUAUAAUUGGACUCCGUGAUGUCAUCGGGCACCGAACAAGCAUCCAACUUGUGUUCGAUUUCAUGGAAACCGAUUUGGAGCAAGUUGUCAAGGACCAUUCCAUCAUUUUAAUGCCGGCGCAUAUUAAAAAUAUCACAAUGCAAACAUUAUUAGGGCUCGAAUUCCUUCACGCUCAUUGGAUUCUUCACCGUGAUUUGAAGCCAAAUAACUUGCUUAUGAACAAUAUGGGAAGAGUGAAAUUGGCGGAUUUUGGUCUUGCAAGAUUUUUUGGAUCACCAAAUAAAGUUUACACCCACCAGGUCGUUACCAGAUGGUACCGAGCCCCCGAAUUGCUGUAUGGCGCGAGAUCCUAUGGAACUGGAAUUGAUAUUUGGUCUAUCGGAUGCAUAGUCGCAGAGCUUCUUUUGAGAAGCCCAAUUUUCCCCGGUGAUAGCGAUAUUGAUCAACUUGUCAAAAUUUACAAUGUUCUCGGAGAACCCACUGAAGAAUUAUGGCCAGCAAUGACAAAUCUGCCAAGCUACGUUGUCAUUAAGCCUCAAAACGAAACCCCUCCUGAGAUGACGUUCAUAUUUUCUGCAGCUGGCCCUGAUCUGAUAGAUCUUUUGAAGGCAAUGCUCACAUUCGACCCCAUUAAACGCUGCACAACGACUCAAGCCCUUCACAUGGAUUACUUUAAAAACCAGCCGUAUUCUUGCCCAGAUGAGGAGCUCCCAUUGCCAAAUCGACAGCCGAAAAGGCGGCGGAUGGAUGAAAUGGAGGGCGGGGCCGGAGUGCGGCGACUCCUUUUUGAUUAG